ACAGCUGCAACUCCUGUCCACGAGGUCUACCCCACCCCCGGGAACCUGAUCCAGCUCUGGGUCCAGUCCUUGUCUGUUGUGGGGAGCAAGCAAGAGCCAGGACGCCCCUCUGAGCCUCCUCUCUCCCCUGCUACCGACACCAACUGGACAAAAUGGCUGCCAUGACCAUAGAUCCGGUGGAGCAGCCCCGCAUGUACCAACAGACUCUGCUUCAAGAUGGACUUUGUGACCUGCUGGAGAGUGAAAAGUUUGUGGAUUGUGUCCUCAAGGUGCAGGAUAAGGAGUUCCCUUGUCACCGUCUUGUCCUGGCAGCAAGUAGCCCGUUCUUCAAAGCUAUGUUCCUGUCUGAGCUAGAGGAGAGCAAGAAGCGUGAGAUUGUCCUCAAAGAUGUCGAACCUGGGAUUUUGGGUAUGAUUUUAAGGUAUUUGUACACUUCUGAUAUCAAUCUAACAGAGCAAAAUGUCCAGGAUAUCUUCAUGGUGGCCAACAUGUACCAAAUACCAUCCAUAUUUUCAGUCUGCGUGUCUUACCUUCAAGAGAAGCUAGUACUUGGAAAUUGCUUGGCCAUCUUCAGGUUAGGGUUGCUUCUGGACUGUCCCAGGCUGGCUCUGGGUGCAAGGGAAUUUAUAUGUGAGCGUUACCAAGUUGUAGUGAGGGACCAGGACUUUAUGCAGCUCAGCCCAAGUGAACUGGCCAUCCUAAUUACAUCAGAUGCCCUGAAUGUGGACAGGGAGGAAAUUGUGUUCGAAUCCCUCAUGGACUGGGUCAAACAUGAUGAGAACAACCGCCUCAAAGAUCUACCAGAGCUUCUACACUGUGUCAGAUUUAGGCUUAUACCUUUGGAUUACCUCAAGGACAAAGUUGAAAAACACCAUUAUAUUCGCUUCAGUCAAGAAAUGAAGAAGGAUUUAGAGCUGGUCAAAGAUGCACACAAGGGACGAUUGCCAAAACCCCAAAAGCACAAAUCUGAAGGGGCAGCAGGGGGUGGGGAUGAGGAAGACGAUGAAGAGGGGUACCUACCUGGUAUCCUCAACAAUAACCCUCGUUUUGGAAUGUUCGAGCUGGAACUGAUACUCAUGAUCAGUGACACAGGGACGGUCGCAUAUGACCCGGUGGGAAACGAGUGUUUUGUGGCGUCAGAGUCCACAGAAAUCCCCAAGAACCACUGCAGCCUGGUGACCAAGCAGAACCAGAUAUUUGUUGUGGGUGGGCUACUUUUCAGCGAGGAGGACAAGGAUGAACCAUUCAGCUCAUAUUUCCUACAAUUUGAUCCAGUGAGUUCAGAGUGGCUGGGGAUGCCCUCCCAGCCCUCCCCGCGCUGCCUGUUUGGGAUGACAGAUGCUGAAAACUCCAUCUUUGUGGUGGGAGGCAAAGAACUGAAGGAUGGAGAGCAUGUGCUGGACUCCGUCAUGAUCUAUGACAGACAGUCUUUUAAAUGGGGUGAGUCUGACCCACUUCCUUAUCAAGUCUAUGGACAUGGCACUGUAUCACACAAUGGUCUGGUGUAUGUGAUCGGUGGGAAGUCUGAGAGCAAGAAGUGUAUGAGGAGAGUGUGUAUGUACAACCCCUCAAAGUUUGAGUGGAAGGACCUAGCCCCCCUGAACACAGCCCGUGCCCUCUUUGGAGUCACAGUUCAUGAGGACCAGAUCUAUGUGGUUACUGGGGUAACAGACUCAGGCCUCACCAGUUCUGUGGAGGUCUAUGACAUCGGCACCAACAAAUGGUCAGAGUUCACAGAGUUUCCUCAGGAGCGCAGUUCUCUCAACCUUGUUUCAAUGGGAGGAUUUCUGUAUGCCAUUGGAGGAUUUGCCAUGAUGCCCACAGAGACCAGUGAGGAGCCUGUACCAACUGAGAUGACUGAUAUCUGGAGGUACGAUGAGUCGGAGCAGAGCUGGACUGGCAUUUUAAGAGAAAUAAGCUAUGCAGAGGGAGCCACUAUUCUGCCUGUGCGCUUGAACACUCUGCGCCUCAGCAAGUUAUAACCAAAGUGAAACACCAGGCUAAUUAUGUAAAGAGAAAGGUCAAAUACAGUUCUUAUGAGAUAAUGAGAUAUGUACACUAUUUUUACAGAUAGUGGAUUCCCUGUAUAGAUUUAAUCUCUCCUCGUAAAAAGAAGCAUCUUUCUUACAGUGCUUAGACACUAAUUAUUGUUGUUGAUUAGUACGAAAAUGCAUCUAAUACCUAAAACCUAAUCUAUUUUAACUAUGUUAAAAGCCAACAUAUGAAAAUACUUACACACCAAUAAGUAGGAAUAACAAUAAG